UUCUCUGUUUAACUUCAAAUAGAGGUGUUUCUGAGUUCUGCAGUUAUCUCUAGUAAGCAGUAAUCAAUAUAAUCACUUCUUCAUAUCCAUGGCCUUCCAAGAAGUCUCUUCCUCUUCCUCUUCCUCUUUAUCUUCCACUUCCUCUUCCUCAUCUUCCACCCGUCAAUGGGUUUACGAUGUGUUCUUGAGCUUUAGAGGCGAAGAUACUCGCAACAAUUUUACUGCCCAUCUAUACGACGCUUUGGUUCGAAUGGCAAUCAACACCUACAGAGAUGAUGACGACCUCAAAAGAGGAGAGAACAUUUCACCGGCACUUCUCAAGGCUAUUGAGGAGUCGAGGAUUUCAGUCAUUGUGUUUUCUCAAAACUAUGCAUCAUCCUCAUGGUGCUUGGACGAACUUGUAAAGAUCCUUGAGUGUAGGGAAACAAUGGAACAAAUCGUUGUACCAGUGUUCUACAAGGUAGAUCCAUCGGAAGUACGGCAUCAAAGAAAGAGUUUUGGAGUAGCAUUCGCCAAACAUGAAGAAAGGUUCAAAGAUAAGCAAAUGAUGGUGCAGAAGUGGAGGACAGCCCUAACACAAGUGAGCAAUUUGUCUGGGUGGCAUUUAGGGAACAGGAGUGAACCUGAAUUUAUACGUGAAAUCAUUGAAUGGGUGAAUUUGAUAUUAGUAAAAAAGACAUACUUUCAAGUUGCCCAAUAUCCAGUUGGAAUAGAGUCUCGUGUACAAAAGGUGAAGUCGCUUUUGGAUAUAGAGAAGAAUGACAGAAUACGCAUGGUAGGGAUCUUCGGAACUCGUGGAAUUGGUAAGACAACUCUCUCCAAAGCCAUUUACAACUCAAUUGAUGCUCAGUUUGAAUGUAGUUGUUUUCUUGAAAACAUUAGCGAAGCUUCCAGCCAAAAGGAUGGUCUGAUCCAAUUGCAAAACAAACUUCUUUCAAAGAUCCUAGGAAAUUCAAGUCAAGUGGUUGACAAUGUUGAUCGAGGAAGUACUUUGAUAAAGCAAAGGCUUUCCCGUUUAAGGAUACUUCUAGUUCUUGAUGAUGUGGAUGAUUCUCUCCAAUUAGAAAAGUUAGCUGGAAAAUGUGAUUGGUUUGGCUUAGGAAGUAGAAUUAUCAUAACAACAAGAGAUAAACCUUUACUUCUUGCACAUGGAGUUUAUUCAACAUACGAGAUGAAUGGGUUGGAUCAUGAUGAAUCUCUUCAACUUUUUUGUUGGAAUGCCUUUAAAAGAGACAAACCUAAUGACGGUUAUGUGGAAAUUGCAGAAGAUGCAGUACGUCAUAGUGGAGGAUUGCCACUAGAUUUAACAACGCUAGGCUUGGCUCUAAAGAAAAAGAGAUAUACUUUGUUGGAAAAGAAAACUGGACGAGUACAAAAGAAUUUCUAAUAAAAAAAUUCAAAAAAAAAUUAGAAUAAGUUAUGAUGGGUUGGAGGACACUAAAAUGACAUUUUCCUUGUCAUUGCAUGUUUUUUCAGAGGACGGAAAGAAGGUUAUGUCAUUGGAAUAUUAAAAAAAAAAAAAAAAAGUAAUUUCUUUCCAAAAAAUGGUAUUGAAGUGCUUGUAGAUAAGUCUCUCAUAUAUAUUACUUCAUUUAAGAGGAGAUUACUUAUGCAUGAUUUGAUGCAAGAAAUGGGUUGAGAAAUUGUUCAAGAGGAAUCACCAAAGAACCUGAGGAACAUAGUAGCUGGUUGUGGCUUCGUGAAGAUGUUCGUCAUGUCCUAGAAGAAAAUACGGAAAGACUUAUGUUAAAAAUCUUUCAUAAUUUACAUUUGUUUAUUUUUCAUAAGUUAAGCUACAAGAAAAAUAUUGAACUUUUUUUAUUUAAAAA